AUGUACCCCCACCAGCCUGCCCCUCUUGGACAGCUACCUAGCAGCAGGAGCACCUCGAUCAACGCACAACACAAGGCAGUAUGCGUUCAGCCUUCCGGUCUGGGCCCUCCUUCUGCUCUUGCACUUCUCAGCCUUCGUCCCGGCAGCCAGAGCACAGCAAAAAUCGACGAUGAGUCGGAGUUCAGCUACGACUGUGGGGCGGAGAACUGGCCGGAGAACUGGGGCAAGAUCAAGGAGUGGGCGACGUGCAGAACUGGGCGGAUGCAGUCGCCCAUCGACCUCUCCGACCGCUAUGCCACACAGGCGCCCAACCUAGGGUACCUCAACCACUCCUACCGCUCUGCCAAGGCCUCCAUC